AUGCACCAAGAAAUGAUAGGUGAUUCUAGUAGUGGAGUUCUUGGUGCGUUCUAUUUAGGAUUUCUUGAUGUUUGCUUUCGAUUGGAAAUCGGGAUUGUUGGGCAGGAUUGGAGGGGAGGAUUUGUUGUGGUGCUGCGCGUGGUCCAAAUCCACGAUGGAAUCGCGACCAAUGAAAUUGGAGCGUCGACAAAUGGACAGCAAAAGGGGGGAUUUUCGUACUCAAACAUCCAGCCAUCCAGGCACCAAACACCUUCGCAGUAUCGCACCACGGCACCAGCACGGCAGUCGGCGACCGGCAGCACUCCAGUCCAGCCGCCACCUCCAGGCUCCUCUGCUCCUGGGUGCCAAGCCGCUAGGCCGCCAGCCCUCUCCGGCUCUCCCUCCCCACGCCGCCCUCUCCGGCUCUCCCUCCCCACGAGGCCACGCGCCCACGCCGAAGACACCGGCACACCGCCCUCUCCAGCUCUCCCUCCCCACGAGGCCACGCCGAAGACGCCGCCCUCGGUGGUUCAGCUCCUCCCCACGCCUCCAAGCACCAGGACGCCAGGAUCCCAGGAGCUGCAGCCUGCAGGACUGCAACGCCGGAGGCUGCAGCCUGCACCAAGCCUAGCUACAUCAUCAAGUAAUCUCGAAGAUUGUGGUGGAAAGGGACAUCAAUCUGAUCAACAGGUGGUUUCUGAUGACAAUUCAGAGGAUAACUCUUUUGACUUCAAUGAUGACAUGUCAAUAUCAAAUCCUAGCAAUGAUGAGGAAGCGACAGAUAUUUCUGGUGGAACAAAAUUGGGCAAGAAGGUGAAGGUCAAGGGGAGUAAACAGAAGGUUAAGGGGAGGAAGCGCUCGGGUGUUUGGAAAAACUUUAAGGAGGUCAAAGUUCCAUCCUCGGUGAAAGGGGAGAUACUAAUAAAGGCAAAGUGCAUGUUUUGCUAUACAUUGUAUGCUUACAGACCCGGGGGAGCUACAUCACAUCUUAUGAGGCAUAUGAAGAAGUGCACGCCCUACUUGAACAAAUUGGCUAAGAAGAGGUCUCAAGCUCUUCUCAAUUAUGCUCCAGAAAAGUUAGGUGACUCAAACCUCCCUGUUAUUGUCACUCCUAGUGAAUAUAAUCAUGAAGAAACUCGUAAACUGAUAGCUAAGAUGAUAAUUGUCCAUGAGUAUCCAUUUAGGAUGGUUGAGCACACUUGGUUCAAUAUUGUCUUGAGGUAUUUAAAUCCUGAAUAUCAGUUUAUUGGUAGAAAGACAAUAAGAAGUGAAUGUUUGAAGGUUUUCCAAUCUGAAAGAGAUGCUCUUAUGAGGAGUCUUAGAAAUGUGGACAUGAUUAGUUUGACUUGUGAUUUGUGGACAUCCAAUCAAAACCUUUGCUACAUGUGUUUGGUUGCACAUUACAUAGAUACAAAUUGGAAUAUGCAAUGUCGUGUGCUGAAUUUUGUGGAAUUGGAUCCUCCACACAUUGGGAUUGUGAUAGGACAAGCUGUCUUUGAUUGUAUAGCUGAAUGGAAAAUUGAAGACAAGAUUAUAACAAUUACUCUUGAUAAUGCUUCCAAUAAUGAUGUUGCUGUUCGGAAUUUAAAGGCUAAGCUUUUAGCAAGAAAAUCAACUUAUUUUGUUGCUAAAUACUUCCAUGUUCGCUGUUGUGCUCAUAUUAUCAAUUUGGUGGUGAAUGAUGGCAUAGAACCCUUAGGACCUUUGAUAGACAAUUUAAGGCAAACUGUCAAGUACAUCAAAAGGUCUCCACUUCGCAUGCAUAAGUUCGUAGAAAUUUGUAGAUCUCUUGCAUUGGAUAUUGGAGAAGGAUUAAAACUUGAUGUCUCAACAAGGUGGAGUUCCACUUACCACAUGUUGAAAGUGUCCAUUGCUUAUAAGGAAGCACUUAUCUCUUAUGCUGAAACUGAUGCAAACUAUAAGUGGCAGCCUACAGAUCAUGAAUGGGCAUUGUAUUCAUCAAUUCAACCAAUACUUGGGUCUUUGGCUGAAGUAACAACUGCAUUUUCAGCUUCAAAAUAUCCCACCGCAAAGGUUUUUUAUCCACACAUAGUAAAUGUCAAGAUUGCAUUAAGAGCUGCUCGUGAAUCUAGUGAUAUCAAUUUGCAAACUAUGGGCACUGCAAUGUUGGAUAAAUUUGACAAGUAUUGGGAAGAAAAGAAUAAUGUCAUGGUGCUAGCCACUAUUCUAGACCCAAGGUACAAGAUGAGAUUUGUUGAGUGGUGUUUUAAGCAAAUUUAUGGAUGUGAUGUAGCUAACAAGGAGCUAGGUGAUGUUCGGAUUGAGUUGGAAAAGUUGUAUGAAAAAUGUGAAGAGAAGCAUCGAUGCAAGACAAUGGCUGCUACCAAAGGUAGAGUUCUAGAUCAUUAUCGCAGUUCUCUACUCCCAUCUAUGGUUAAGGCUUUGAUUUGUUCUUCUAGCUGGAUUAGAGGCGCUCCCGUGCUUACGGAAGAUGACAAUGAAGAUGAAGUUGAGAGCAUCCCAUUUCCUAAAAGUGAAGUGCAAAGUAACUAG